GAGGAGGAAUCUUGUAUUUCCUGUUUACUCAAUCGUUUUGAAGUGUAAUAUUGUGUAAAUCAAGUGGUCAUCAAUCACUUUUUCAUAAUUCACAUCAUAGUAACAACCUCUAAAUUUUCUGAACAUCUUUCAAAAUUUCCUUCAAAAUUCUUCGUGCAUUUACAUCACUUUUUAAAGGAUAUUACGCUAACGGAUAUCUCUACCAACCCUCCAGGAAAUUCAACAUGUCAGCCGAUAAAGCCAAAGCUGUGAAAGAUUUGAUCGACAGUGAUAAAGUUGUCAUCUUCUCCAAAACCUAUUGCCCUUACUGCAAAAUGGCCAAGGAAGUCUUUGAUGGCCUCCAGAAAAGUUACACAGCCGUGGAACUAGACAACCGUGAUGAUGGAGAUGAAAUCCAAACUAUCUUGGGUCAAAUAACUGGAGCAAGAACUGUGCCCCGUGUUUUUGUCAAUGGGGAAUGUCUUGGGGGAGGAUCUGAUGUUAAAGCCCUUCACGAGAAAGGUGAAUUACAGAAGUACUUUUAAAUAAGUGUAAAAUGACUCAAAAAACUGAGAUACUGCGAUUCAAUAUUGUGUUUUCAAUUCUAAAUAAGUUUAUAUUAUUAGAAGUAAAUUAUACAUAAUAUAUUAUGAAUAAAAGUGUAGAAUUCUGUUA